AUGUCUCCAGAGCAUGCACAGAUGUGGCUGAUCGAUGAACCCACAACCAAACUUCACGACGCUGCCGCACCGGGCCGCGAAAGAGCUUGUCAGCUUCGGCAAAAGCCUUCUGGCCGGUUAUUUAAGACAGCCAGGAUUCAAAUCUCUGUUACUAGCGAUGUAACUCAGUCGGCCAAACGCAACCCGGCUGCUGUCGACCAAUCUCAACCCCACAUGCGCCGGUGCAGUCAGCGCUUAGGAGAUUUGGCGAAGAGCACGGACGGUGAUUCGCUCGUUGACGCAUUACCGAUUGUUGCAGAGAUUGCUGGCGGCCUCUCCCUUUUGCUCGCACAACGACCCCUUUUCGCAGCUCUAAAACACCCGAAUAAAGAAUUUCUUCUGUUUCCCGGGCACCAAUUGAAGAUCUGUUAG